AUGGCUAGAGCAGAAAAGAAACCAGCUUCCAAGGCACCAGCCAAGAAGACUACCAUUGAGCCAAGAAAGAGAUCGAAGCCAAGAAAGGAGAGUUGGUCCUCAUACAUUUACAAGGUGUUGAAGCAGACGCAUCCAGACACCGGUAUUUCCAGAAGAGCUAUGUCUAUCAUGAACUCUUUCGUUAACGAUAUUUUCGAGAGGAUUGCCUCUGAAGCUUCAAAGUUGGCUGCUUACAACAAGAAGUCGACUAUUUCUGCCAGAGAGAUCCAGACUGCCGUCAGAUUGAUCUUGCCUGGUGAAUUGGCUAAGCAUGCUGUGUCUGAGGGAACAAGAGCAGUCACUAAGUACACUUCUUCGACUUCCGCAUAA